GUUAUAACAACACAGAUUGGAAAAUUAUUUAAAAUCAGCCCCUUUGUGAGCUUUUUUUCUCGUUUUAUAUUGAGAAUGUGUAUAUUUAUGUGAUAAUAGAUAAUGUCAGUAUUGAGUUUGCUUCCAGAAGAUAAACGAAAAGAUCUCAGCGCCAGAAAGGAGUCAGUGGCGAGCGUGUACAGCAGCAAUUCGCGACUGAACCUACUGAGUAAACGCAAGCGCAUGGUGCCGGCGGGCGCAGCGGGCAUGGCGGGUGGCGUGUCGGGCGACCGCUACGUGACGCAGCGCGUACUCUCCGCCAAGACGCACCGCGUCAAGCAGCUUCAGAACCAACUGGCAGACGCGCAUUAUCAUCUGCAGGAACUCAGUAAUGAGAAUAGAGUGUUGCGAGCUAUGCAGAAAAAACAAGAAAUAGCACUGCAAAGAUACGAGAACUCUAACGCGGAGUUGCCUCAAGUGCUGAACUCGCACACGGAGGAGAUGCGCGUGCAACAAGUGCGCUACAAGCAGCUCCGCGCUCAGCACAAGGAGACCGUCGCCAGGCUCAAGGAACGUGAUGCUCAGCUGCAGCAGCUGCGUGACGAGCACCAGCAUCUGCUAGACCUCACUAAAGACAAGAACCUGUUGGAACGCGAGAAGCUGCAGGCCCAGGUGAACGAGCUGUCGCUGAAGGUGCAGCAGCAGGGCGAGACCAUCAGCCUGCUGCAGCGGCGGCUAGCUCUCGAGGCCAAGAACUUCCGGCACCAGCUGCAGGCCGAGGUCAACAAGCACAAGGAUACACGCCACGACCUCGACAUCGCCAUCAGCAAUGCUGACAAGUUAUCCACCAUAAUUGAGAUGAAAGAGAAGAUGCUCAGUACUGCAGCGAGCCGCGGUGUGAAGUCUCCAGUGAAAAGCAGCUCCUCUAUGAUUCUGACGCGUCCUCAGAGCAAGACCAGCAAGGUCGGCCAGGAAGCCAACACAUAUAGACCAAACGACGAACGCCAUAAUGUUGAUCAAAGUGCCCUCGGGAAACUGUGCGAAAAUUCACGAUCCGUUAGCAGCGCGUUAUCCCAAGACGACGAGACAAGUUCCUCGACUGAACCGAGGACCCGAUAUAUCCAAAGCCGUAGCAGUUCCACAGGUCCCAAGUCAACACCAAAUCCUACUAGAAAAAAUUCAAAAGGUUCCGACGAUAUCACUGAAAUUUCCAAGACCAUUCAAGAUGGUAUGGCCGACUUGGCUAUCUCAGACGAUGACACUCUUAGAAAUUGCUCGCCGGAAGAAAUGCAACAGAAAAUGGAGAUCCUUAAAGCGGAUCUCUUGAAAAAAAUUAAAAAUAACGAAGACCCAAUAUCGAGAAGAAACAGCGCCUUGAGAAGGAAGUCCACCGAGGAAUCUAUUGAAGAGCAAAUCGAAAUGGACGAAGAACGACCUAAGUCUAGAGGUCGGAGAAAUUCUAAUGUGUCUUUUUAUGAAAACAUUACGAUAGAAGAAUCUAAUACCAGCAUAGUUGUGCACGAUUUUGCGUCAGGAGACGCCAGCAAAAAGACUAAACGCGAAACUAGCGGAAAGGACAAAAAACCACCAGCCAAACCAAUAGAAACUUACUGCAAAGAUAUUAUGCAAGACCUGGAGAAAAGUAGCAAAGUUAUCGAUAGUCAUAUUAAACAGUUUAAUAGUACAAAACUGGAAAGCGAUAAAUUGGUCGAACAGUUGUUUGCUGUUGACAAAAUAAACGAUUUGGUUAAUUCUGACAGAGAUAUACCUGAAGAGGCACUCUCUGAACUGAACAAUAACUUUAAAUUACUAACGGACCAAGUUUUGUCGGAAGGAGCACCAGUCGCUCGAAAACGAUCGUUGGGAGGUCGUAGAAAUGCGCGAAUGGAAUCUAAAUCCAAUCUCCUUGGAGACGCUAAUAUGUCCAAUCAAGAACUGUUAGAUGAUUUACUAGGAAAGAAAUGACAAAUACUUCGUGCUUGAUGCAUGAUUUUAAUUAGUGAUUGAGCGAGGAAAUGAUCAUUUUUUAUGUAAUUUUUAAAAUUGACGUGAUAUAUUUAUUUGAAGUAAUCAUGGAUUGAAUUUAUGUAUAUGAUUUGUUUGGCGAUGUGCUGCGUGGUGGUUUUACUGAUUUUGGAUUUUUUAAUCUAAUGAACUUGGAGUUUAAACCAUAUCAAAAUAUUGAAUGGUAUAAACCGAAACUCCCAGAACUUAUCAAUAAAUAUUAUGAAGGUAUGUUCAAUUGAAAAACCUCUAUUUAACAAAAAAACGAAUGCACAGAUUUUACACUUUUAUGAUAAAAUAUUUUUGUAAAAAUUGAUGCAAACCAAUAACUACACAACCUUACUCUUAAGAGUUUGUUGAUCCGCGAAGUUUAUUAUUGAGAGUCCGUUCAGAAGGAAUCAAUAGAUUCACGCAAGAAAAACUUAAUUCAGAUUUCCUUUGUCACAUUGCCGAAGGUUCAUAGUAUGUGAUAGAUUGUACAUAUGUUUCAUUUCCUAAGUGAUAGUUUUGGCCAUAAAUAUUUAUAAUAAAUAGUCUUGAGCUGUCAAAUUGUGUUGGUAAUUAUAAUAAAUUUAUAUUUUGAUA